CUUCAGUUGGUGAGCAACUUUCGAAGGCGACGCACGUGGAUUUCAAAUACGCGUUCGAUUUCGGUUUCGAGGCGUGAGAAUAUAUCUCAAUUUGUUUAAAUAAAAUAUUAGCAUUCCCCGGGUUGCCGGCUGCAACAAGGCAUAUAUAUAUAUAUAUAUAUAUUUUAAAAUCUUCAAGAUGCCGGAGGAAGUGCCCGCCAAAGGCAGCGUAUUGGGCAAACUUGUGCCCGCCCGCUAUGUGUUGGCUAUUAUGGGAUCCAUUGGCAUGGCCAUUGUCUACGGACUGAAAGUGAAUCUCAGUGUGGCCAUGGUUGCCAUGUUAAAUCACACGGCCAUCAAAUUACACAAACAUGACAAUGAUACCAACGGACCCGUUGUGGAGGAGUGCCACCCGCCAGGAGGUAAUGUGACGGUUACAGUAGAGGAUGGACCCUUUGACUGGAGCGAGCCCCUGCAGGGAACUCUGCUGAGUUGCUACUUCUGGGGCUAUCUGGUCUCGCAGAUUCCUCUGGCCCACGUGGCAGAGAACUUUUCCGCCAAAUGGGUGAUGCUCUUCUCGGUGGCCAUCAAUGUGCUGUGCACACUAUUGACUCCAUUUUUUACCAAUUUGCAUUACGGUGGUCUGAUCCUGAUGCGAAUCGUUGAAGGCAUUGGAGGAGGAGCUUCCUUCCCAGCCAUGCACGUGAUGAUUGCCUCCUGGGCUCCUCCCACUGAACGAAUGGUCAUGUCCACCAUUAUCUAUGUGGGCACAUCAGCGGGUACUGCACUAUCUAUCCUCCUAGCCGGACUUUGCUCUGCCCAAUGGGGCUGGGAGUCGGUGUUCUAUGUAAUGGGUGUUCUCAGCUGCAUUUGGAUGUUACUGUGGACCAUCUUGAUUCAGGAUAAUCCCAACAAGCAGCGCUUUAUUAGUCCUGAAGAGCGGCAAAUGAUCAACAGUUCAUUGGGCACGGAGCAGAAGUCGGAACAUCAUCCCGCCGUACCAUGGGUCAAGGUCUUCAAAUCCGUUCCGUUCUGGGCCAUCCUCAUAGCCCAUACCUGCAGCAACUUCGGCUGGUACAUGUUCCUCAUCGAGAUUCCCUUCUACAUGAAGCAAGUGCUUAAGUUCAAUGUGGCCAGCAAUGCGGCACUUAGUGCCAUGCCCUACUUCCCUAUGAUCAUCUUCAGUAUUUGCCUGGGAAAACUUUUGGAUAGUCUGCAAGCUAAGGGUAAAAUCACCACCACUUUUGCCCGGAAAUUGGCCACCUCUAUUUGCACUCUGAUCCCCGGAGCUUGUCUGCUGAUUCUCUGCUUCAUUGGAUGCCGUCACUAUGAGGCAGUGGCUGUCAUGUCUGUUGGCAUUGUGGCUAUGGGUUCCAUGUUCUCCGGUUUCCUGUCCAAUCACAUCGAUAUUGCCCCGAAUUUUGCUGGAACUUUGGUGGCUCUGACCAACACAGCGGCUACUGUGCCUGGUAUUGUGGUGCCGAUCUUUGUGGGAUUUGUCACCAAGGGAAAUCAAAACAUUGGAGCAUGGCGAAUCAUCUUCGGCGUCACCAUUGUCCUGUUCGCCCUGGAGUUCCUAGUAUUUGUCUUUUUGGGUUCUGGUAGCGAGCAACCGUGGAAUAAGUCUGGAAGCCCCAAGGAUCCCGAGGCCAAGGACGAAAAGACUCCGUUGAAGGAGCUCCCCACUAAAUCCUAAAUCCGAAAUCUCUGCCUCAAUUACUAUGCCCAAAUUACUCAAUGAACAGCUGCUUAUUGGGAUAACUUUUGGACCAAGCUAGCACCGAAUGGAAAGGUCGACACUGGACUGUAAAUACCAAUUGCAAAUUAUGCAAUGUACACCCGGAAUAGUGAGCUCAUAAAAAUAGGAAUUUCGAAAUGAUCAAAGGGUUUACAUUAUAUGAAAAUAAGACAACAUGAAACUAUAAACAAGUUAUGCUCAUUUCGAAAAUCGAAUUUUGUACGUUCACUCUUUACAGUGUGCACUGUAGUUUUUAGAUCGCUGUAACCCUUUAGUUAGUAGCCGUACACCCUACGGAUAAACACUUCAGCCCGCCUAAUGUACUUAACACUCUUGAUUUCAAAAGUUGUCUACAAAUAAAGCGACGUCUUAGUGGA